GCCCACAUGCAAAAAAAGUAAAACCAUGUUUCAGUAGCACGAGGAGUGGCUAAAAACGCUCGCACCAAACCACCGUUCUCGAGGAGGUUCCUAAUACGAGUCAGAUAGUGAAACCUGUAUCAUCAGGCUUGUAGAGCACGAAACGCGAGGCAAACUAGAGCUUGUAUAAAGGACACAUUCAAAUCAAAUCCGAAGUAAAUUUCAAGAACUCAUGAAGUCGAUAGUGUAGCAUUUGAACGCAGAAAGGUCUAAAAGAGCAUCUUCGUCAGGACCGCAGUCUACGUGCAGUUGGUAACAUCCUUGAGAGUGUAUCAUGCAUUUUGUCGUGAACUGCACGUUUUGAAGCUCCAGUUCAUCGUCAUUCUUGGUUUAUUUCUCUUCCAUCUCAAGGUGCAAACCAUCUUUCAACAUAUUUAACCAACCAAGAGUACCAGAACACAAGUUAGAUAGAUUGAAUCUACUUUUGGAGUUUUUUGGAGAUCAAUCAAGUAUCAAAGCCGCUGAAUCGUGACUGGCACAAUGGCGUACUACAACAACAAUGACUACUAUGUGAACCCACCGGCAUAUCAUUACGUGAGGGACUGCGUGUAUACAUUCCAACAGCCUGCAGCUGUAAUUAAUAUUCAGCAGCACCCGCUUGUUUUCAACCAACAUGUAAGGGAUGAAGCAAACUUCCGACGUCAGAACUACUAUAAUGAACGACGCGGCUAUGCGCCCACGGAGCAGAUCGCAUCUCUGAGCGAGGGUGGGGGAUACUCAAUAGGAUAUGAACCGCAGCGAUACCUGGAAUACAAUUAUGGCGGGUACAGCGAUUACCACGAGCAAGAGAGGGAAGCAUCUGUGGAGAAGGUGGAGAUUUACGCUCCGCUCUGCUGCGACAAGUGCCAGCGCAAAGUCGAAAACGCCUUGGAACUCAUCGAAGGAGUAACGACAGUGACAGCAGAUCAGUGGGAGAAGAAAGUGGUGGUCUCCGGAUACAACCUAAACCCAAGAAAACUGCUCAAGAGAGUACAUCUACACAAGAGUGGCGCAGUGUUCUGGUCAGACCGUCCGAACUGAUCAGUACUAAAUUCCUCUGCUCUUCUGGAGAAAAUCAGCGUCAGUUGAAUUCGGUGAACAUUUGGCAGCUUAGUGCAUAUUAUACAAGCCACAACUUGUAUUUCUAUGAGCCUCAUUCUCGUGUACAUAGAUUCCAUGUUUGAUUCAAGCAAAGAUGGACUUGACAACCAUGACCGUAGAUAGAAAGUCAGUUGUAAGUAUGAGAAUAGAUAGAAGGGGAACUUAAAAUAGCCAGUUUCAUGGGGAUGGUAGUGUAUCACACAGGCAAGAUUCUCGUAGCCCCAGUUUUGUGUCAGCCGAGAUCUUGCUUACGCUCAUUCUAGACAUCCUGGAAAAUUUCAAAAGAAAACUGCACUUCAAAAACUGUCAACUAACAACCUGUCGGUGAAAAUCUAUGCUGUGAGAAAUCUAGUUCUUCUACAGCAUCUGUAUAUCAGAAAUGUAUCAUAAUUUAUCUAUUUU